AGGGAGGGAAAGCGGGCAAAAGGAACAAAGCGAGUGACUAAAAUGUCUUGAAUUGUUUAAUGGCUUAAUUAAACCUAUAGCUUUUGGUCCGGUUACUGGGGUUUUCGGGUCUGGCCGUUUCGGUCCGGGUUUAAAAGAAGGCUGAUAUAUAGUUUGCAAUUUCAAACACGUCCAUGCACUUGUAGGGCCAACCUAAAGCUCCCUCACAAGCCAUUCUCGUUUCCCUCACUUUACAUCCGCCUGCCACGAGGCCUAUAAGAGAGUAGUCCAGCCUCUCCAGAAUAAGCAAAGAUUGAUCCACAGAAAGAAGAUGAACUCCCAUUUCCAUCAAUCCCAAACUCCAAGCCAACACUCUUCCAAACCAAGCAAGAAAAGGCUCGCACGAGAGCAACUUCAAAUCUUGGAAUCAAGCUUCAAUGCCAACCAGAAACUAAAAGCAGAAUUCAAGCUCGAGCUUGCCCGUCAACUAGGAGUUCCACCUAGACAAGUUGCGAUUUGGUAUCAGAACAGAAGGGCAAGGCACAGAGUUGAAACCAAAGAGCAAGAAUACAACAACAUCCAGCAAGAGCUUCGUAAUGUGUCGGCAGAGAAGAUUAAGCUUGAGAAAGAAGUUGACAUGUUGAAAUAUGAGCUAAACAAGGCUCACGAGAUGCUAAUACUUGCAUCAACACCAUCUGCAACUUCUCUCUUAUCAAGUUCAGCUUCGGAUGAUGAUUAUGCCAACUCAUACUCACCUGCAAACCUCACUUAUGGUUGGCUUGAUACCGGCAAGUUAUUACCAGGAAAGGAGCUACACCCUUGUCUGACUGGUCCUGUUAGUAUGCUGCAGAAGUAUACCAAUAGUUAAGGCCUAAAGGCUGAAUCAAUGAAACAUCAUGAUGCAAAUAAUGACAAUAAAAUGUAGAGCUUAAGAAGUUUUAUGUCACUUUUCUAUGAUUAUAGGUGAGCUCAUUCAAUAAUAUCACUGAAUAUUCAUGGUUCA